UCGAUAAAAGAAAAGAGGAUGAGCUGCAAUGGAUGCCGUGUGCUACGAAAAGGGUGCAGCGAAGAGUGCAUGCUACGACAUUGCCUGGUGUGGAUACAGGACAAUCCACGAGCACAGGGUUACGCCACCCUCUUCGUCGCCAAGUUCUUCGGCCGCGCCAACCUCAUGUCUUUCCUUUCCUCCGUUCCCACCAACCACAGAUCCGCAUUGUUUCAGUCACUUCUAUAUGAGGCAGUGGGUCGUACCAUAAAUCCGGUGAGUGGGGCAGUGGGGCUGCUCUCGACAGGCAACUGGCAUCUCUGCCAGUCCGCGGUGGACAAAGUGCUGCGAGGGGGCGGCGCCGCCUUGACGGAAAGUAGUGAUCAUUUGAAAGAAGCAGAAUCAGAAGAGAGAAUUGAAUCAAAGAAGCAACCACCCAGCAACACAACAACUACUCAUCAUUGGCCUUCUCAAACGACUGAUACCAAGCUGCUUACGCUUUUCUUAUGACCUUCAAUUUUCUUAUUUGCUACCAACAUGCUUAAUGCCUUUAAUUAACAACUUAUCACUAAUCUAUAUAUAACCAAUAAAUGAACUUAUAUUCAUCAUCAA